AUGACUUUAGACGCUGUUAGAGGCAAUAUUGAGUUCUGUCAUAUCACCUUCAAAUACCCAACAAGGCCCGAUGUCCAGAUUUUCCAGGAUCUUUGCUUGUCUGUUAACUCUGGGAAGACCGUUGCAUUGGUAGGAGAGAGUGGGUGUGGAAAAUCUACAGCAAUAGCGUUGUUACAGAGAUUCUAUGACCCAGAUUCGGGCCAUAUACUUCUAGAUGCAAUUAAAUUGCAAAAGUUUAAGCUGAGAUGGUUGAGGCAGCAGAUGGGUUUGGUAAGUCAAGAACCUGUUAUGUUCAAUGAUACAAUUCGAGCAAAUAUUGCUUACGGGAAAGAAGGGAAAGCUACUGAAGCUGAGAUUGUAGCUGCAGCUGAGGCAGCACAUGCUCACAAUUUAAUAUGCAGUUUGCAGCAGGGCUAUGAUACAAUGGUGGGUGAGCGAGGAAUUCAACUAUCUGGUGGGCAGAAACAGAGGAUAGCCAUAUCACGUGCAAUAGUGAAGGACCCAAAAAUAUUGCUCCUCGAUGAGGCUACUAGUGCACUUGAUGCCGAAUCCGAAAGAAUUGUUCAGGAUGCAUUAGAUCGUGUGAUGGUCAACCGGACGACUGUGGUUGUUGCACACCGCCUAACGACAAUCAAGAAUGCCGAUCUUAUUGCAGUUGUUAAAAAUGGAGUGAUCAUUGAGAAAGGAAAACACAACAUUCUAAUCGACAUUAAUGGUGGGGCUUAUGCCUCCCUUGUAGCACUGCACUCAAGUUCAACUACUUCAUGA